UGAAUUUUGGGCAUCAGUAAGAGGCAAAAGAGGAAGAAAGGCAGUUUUUAUUAUUUUUUUUGUUCAUUUCUGAGCUCUUCAAAUCACUGAAAUAUUUUUUUUAUGUUAUUGCGGAGGCAUAUUUUGUGCGCAGUUGCCUCUAGAUUUCAUGUGUUUGUGGUUCUCAGCUAAAUUUCGUAGUGCUGCAACUGACAAAGUGGCAUAUGGCAACAAAUUCAAAAGCUCCUUGAAAUAGGAUUGAGGUUAGGUGAGGUUAAAGUAAGUUGAAAAAAUUAUUUCAAAAGUCACUUUUAUGCGCAAAAGGGACUUUGAAAAGAGAGAACAAGAUUCGUUGAAGUCUUAAGUUGAAUUGCCAAAUAACUGGUUAACAUGCUUUGUUUUAAGAAAAGGCUAAUUAAAAAGCAAGCAGCGGUCAAAAAGUAGAAGUAAAAGCUCCAUUUUAUCAGCUGUUUUAUCCAAACAAAUGACAAGAACUACGUGUUAUGAAUCCCAAGUUUCCCACACAAUUGAUUACAAAAAGUAAAUAAUUCCGAAGUGAAUGAACCAGAAGUUGAAAAUACGUACACAACAGCUUAUUAAAGAUUGUAUAGCUAAGCAAUUGAAGUACAAGACCUUUGUCAGUACCAACUGGGACUUGUUAGGAAUUGUUUCAUAAUUAGAAAGAUGGUGGAGAAAAUCUUGCAUCUACAGAUUACAUCGUCUGUGGCAUCAGCUUUUUCGAUAAUUCUGAAUACUACUGGUCUUUAUAUAUUAUCAAAGACUGACUAUAGAAGCUCAAAUCAAAUACUCCUUAUCAAGAACAUAAGUUUAUGUGACAUUAUAGUCUCUAUCGCGUGGCUUAUUUGGGAUAUAUUGGCACUGUACCUGUACCCAAAUGAUGGAACAAUGGAAACGAGACUCUGGUGCCUCGUUGUUACUACAUACUUCAUAUGGCUCUCAUUUUUAUUUCUUCUUACAAUUGACAGAUUUAUUGGUGCAAACUUUCCAUUUAAGUACAAAAUAAUUGCCUCGAAGAAGAACAUUUUUAGAACUGUUGCCUCUAUUUGGAUGGUUGGUAGCACAAGCUCUAUCAUUUGUGUUUUAUUUUUUUCAGACGUGUUCAAAAGCCAUAUAUUUCUGGUUUGGUUGAUUCUGGAUUCAUUGUUCAUAAUUCUCUUUAUAAUGACAUAUUCAUCAAUAUGUUUUCGAGUAGUUGGAGGUAAGAUACAGCAUACCAAGUCAGGGCAAAUGAGUAACAAUCAGAAACUUUAUCGUAUGGUGUUUUGCAUGCUAAUGAGUUUCGUAUUGUUUGAAGUUGUCCCAGAUGCGGCAUUAAUUGCCGUUUUUCAUUUACAGACAAGCAACUUAAAUGAUUGGCUAGUUAAUGUUUCUCUUUGCUACAGAUUUAAUCUUCUUGUUGAUCCUCUUAUCUACGUGUUUCUUCAACCGCAAGCAAGACGUACCCUUUUUUCAAUACUUAGAUGUGUGCCGUGAGUAAUGGCGUAGCCUGACCUUCAAUAAUAUAGAGGGGGGGUUGUGGGGGGUCAUCAAGAUUACAAUUUACCGACAAAGACAACAGAGAAAGAAAGAUUUAGGUGCUAUAUCAGGUAACGAUAGGUGAUUUUACCGACCAAUUAAGGAUUUGAUGGAUAAACUGAAGAUUUACCAAUCCUCCUACACCCCCUUCUGCUCGCUACAUCAAUAACUGCGAGUAAUGACAGUGUUCUAAAAGAUGUGUAGUGUAACUUAUUUCUCACAUAAAAAAAAGCAGAAACAUCUAUGUAAUAUCGUAUGGAACGUCAAACUGUCCCUGAGUGAAGCAGUCAUCUGUUUAUUUUGUGUGACAGGCUCUUAUCUACGAUACUCGUUUUUGAACUUAGAUUGCUGACCGUUCAAAGGUAUUCCUUUCGCUUCUGUUAGGAUAGAGCCAGUAUUUAAUUGUCUUUAAGCAUAAAUUAUAGUUUAUUAGUAUCAAGUAUAUUUGUGAACUUCAAUGUUAAGGUGAUGACUGAAGUUUAGAAUGAUAUAAUGUACACCAACAUUGUUUACUGUCUUUUUCAUUGUCUCUUUAGGCAUUGAAUUUGCAUAACCAACUAGCAACUUGCCUAAACGAAGUAAAAACCACUGAUAAUUCUAGCUUUGGAAACAUUUUGGCGAGUGACCGAAAGUUACGUUUUCGGAAGCAUGCAAAAUGUAUGGUCUGCGAAAUUUCGACUUUUGAAUUCUUCAAAUCGGAUAAUACCAUCGGAAGAAGCUUUCAAAACUUUGUAAAAAUAACAGAACAUAACAGAAUAUGGCUUGGCAUAAAAGCAAAGAGUAAUGGCUGUUAAAACUUUUAAUUUUGUCAAACAACUUGCUUCUCUGAAGUUUAUUGAUCAAAAGUGGCGGCAAGGAUGGUCAAGAGGGCUUAAGCCCCCCAACAUUUUAGUUAGCCCCCAGUCGGCAGCUAAUUUAUUUUGGCUUUCCCAAUACCGUCGGCACUCGAUACACUUCAUCCAGUUUAGAGAAGGUCGGAAUGACAUCUAACAGCGACAUGGAAAUUUUAGUGGCUGGUUUAUGAUUUUUCUUUCUGAAUUGUUUUCGGCUUCUUUACAGCUUAUCGGCAUGUCGCUCUAGUUAGCGCAUUGUAAAAAGUACAUGAAGAGCAGAAUGCGUGACUCUUGAUUGAUGCUUGGAAUCGGGACCACCAUAAGGGGAAGCCUCAUAAAGUAAUGAAUUCUAUUUCAUAAAUUGAAUUAAGCAAAGGUAACAAAAGUAUGCCUUAAUCAUUUUAGUUAGAGACAGUAUUAUUGCCAUUAAAACAUUCAUUCACAAGCACAUUCUCUUGCGUUACAAUUUUUGAAAAAAAUCUCCCUAAACGAACAUAUCGAUCAACUUUUGAAUUUCUUUCUUUUCAAGAAAUGCUUUUUUUCCAUUUAAUUUGUGAAUUAGAAAUAACAGAAUUAUUAGACAAUACACUCGUUUUUUAAGAAUAUCAUAACUUUUUUUCAACCCUGAUAUUCUUGACAAAUUUUUGUUUUGAGCCUAAUAUACUUUAAGUAUUGUUAUUUCUUUUGAAAGGUGAUAAUUCUUCAGGGGAAAAUAGUUAUUAAAAAUUCAAAGGUUUUAAAGAAAAUAGCUGCCCUGAAAUAGAAAUCAUGCUUUUUGAAAAACUGAAAUAUCUCAGUCAUGCAAUACUCUGUCAUAGCAUAACAGGCAACUGCUGAACAAUGAGACACAAAUACGUGAUCUGAGGCUGAGUAGUAUUCUUAUAAUAUUAUCAAAACAUGGAUGAUUCUGUGCCUGAAUAUUCUUAUAAACAAUAUUCUUAUAGGAAAAGAGUGUAGGCUAUAUUGGGAGAUUAAGUUUCUUACAGGAGGAAAACUGUCGAAAAAACGUUCUAGUUUGAUAUGCGCAUCGCUUAAAUGCGUGUUAUCUUUCUUUUAUUUUUCUGUCGGCAAUUUGAUACAAUUUUCGUCGGCAGUUAGGUUGAAUAUAAACGUCGGUACCUUGCAUGUUUGUCUCUAGCACCACCCCUGUAUUGAUUGUACAGUCGCAUAGCUGCGGGAUUGUGCAUUUAUAGAUAAAUACACAAUAAUUAUGAGAUGAAAUAAAUAGUUAUGAGAUAAAAUGCAUAUCAAGCUUUGAUAACGCCCCCAAAAUGUAUUUUUGGACUGCAGUUCAGAAUAAAAACCUUACAUUUCUUGUUUGUCAACUUAUUAAUUUCAUGCUCAGAGAAUUGAAUAGAGUUGUAUUUGUCUUUUUUUCUUGUUUUGCUGUUCAAUUUUCUGUAAUGUUUAUAACUGGGAUUAUUAGCAAAUUCAGUAUGCAACUGGGCUUUCCCUUUGCCAAACUCCUUUUCAAUACGAGAAAGCAUGACUGUGAGGCUAGCUAUUGAGUGACAGGGGUAGUCCGUCUCUAUGGGUAAGCCGGUUACCUAAGCCAGAUCAUCCCCGAAUCUGAAAGUAUGGCGUAGAGGAUGGAUCUAUGAAGAUAGCACAUUUGCAUUGGCUAUGAUGCAUUGCUACAUGCAUUCCUGAAAGUUAACAAAGGAAGAAUUGUAUUGAAAGACAUGACAAGCUAUAGUUAAAGGAGCAUUCGUUAUUCAAACUGAAACGCAGGACCACUGAGAGAUUUUUGGGGCCCCAAGGGAAGACUGAAAGGUCACAUUAUCAAAAUAACACUGAAGAUGUGGAAGAAAUACACAAAUUGUACAAUAUCUGAUGCUUUCGUCGAAAGUUCCUUUGAAUUGGAAAAUCAGACUGCUACCUGUCUUGUGUUGACAGUAGUUUUGCGUCCUACUGCCACUCGGAUAAACCAAUGGUGGGGAGUGAUUUCCAUCAAGGCAGACAUGAUUGGGAUGGCCUAAGACAGAUAUGAUUCCUUUGAAUGGAAAAUUGUGAAAGAAUCUUGAUUUUUGGUUAAAAAUCACAGCAUUGAACGCAGUCUAGCUUUUCUAAAGCUGGUUUGUGUGAAAGAUAGAAAAGAUAUGCAGUUAUUUUUCUAUUCAAGCCAGAAAGAGGCAGUUCUUUGGUCGAAGGGAAUUUCCGCUUGCUCUGAAAUAUACGUAAUGUCAACUAGAAGAAUCAGUUUGAUGUUUAAGGAAUCUGUGAAGGAGGAUAUUUGUCUUCGCGCAUGCGUUAUGUAUUGUCUUCUGCAUUGCGCUGCUGGAAAUUACCUUCGCCUGUUCGUUGUUUGAAGGGAAUUCCCGGUCGCAUAUUGCUUAUAAGGAGUGGUGUGUACCAAUUUGGACUUCAGAUCGCAAAAGAAAGGCCGUUGUGAUUUUGGCUUAAUUUGUGUCAUCGGUAUAAAAGUUAGAAAUGGAUGGCGAUAGCAGCAAGGAGCUUACCAAAAAGGUCGAAGCUGGAGCUAAAACAAUAGCAGGCCCACAGUCAUACGAAAACCCAAAACCAGAUGGACCCGAACCAGAAAAAAAAUGAAGUAAUUUGGAAAGCACAAGAGAUGCACAAGAAGCAUUGCGAAGAAAGCAAAGAUCUGGCUAUAUAAUGACCUGAGCUUCAUGAAGCUUCGAAAAGACAGUCGGUUUUUUUAUCUAACUAUGUAGUCCAUUCAGUUGCAAGAUCUAAUCAAAUUAGAUGGCAUUA